AUGGACUCAGCAGAGGGUGGAGCUUAUCAACAACUGGGCAGUCAGCAGAGGGUGGAGCUUAUCAACAACUGGGCAGUCAGCAGAGGGUGGAGCUUAUCAACAACUGGGCAGUCAGCAGAGGGUGGAGCUUAUCAACCACUGGGCAGUCAGAGGAGGGUGGAGCUUAUCAACCACUGGGCAGUCAGCAGAGGGUGGAGCUUAUCAACAACUGGGCAGUCAGCAGAGGGUGGAGCUUAUCAACAACUGGGCAGUCAGCAGAGGGUGGAGCUUAUCAACCACUGGGCAGUCAGCAGAGGGUGGAGCUUAUCAACCACUGGGCAGUCAGCAGAGGGUGGAGCUUAUCAACCACUGGGCAGUCAGCAGAGGGUGGAGCUUAUCAACCACUGGGCAGUCAGAGGAGGGUGGAGCUUAUCAACCACUGGGCAGUCAGCUGAGGGUGGAGCUUAUCAACCACUGGGCAGUCAGAGGAGGGUGGAGCUUAUCAACCACUGGGCAGUCAGCAGAGGGUGGAGCUUAUCAACCACUGGGCAGUCAGCAGAGGGUGGAGCUUAUCAACCACUGGGCAGUCAGCAGAGGGUGGAGCUUAUCAACCACUGGGCAGUCAGCAGAGGGUGGAGCUUAUCAACCACUGGGCAGUCAGAGGAGGGUGGAGCUUAUCAACCACUGGGCAGUCAGCAGAGGGUGGAGCUUAUCAACCACUGGGCAGUCAGAGGAGGGUGGAGCUUAUCAACCACUGGGCAGUCAGAGGAGGGUGGAGCUUAUCAACCACUGGGCAGUCAGCAGAGGGUGGAGCUUAUCAACCACUGGGCAGUCAGCAGAGGGUGGAGCUUAUCAACCACUGGGCAGUCAGCAGAGGGUGGAGCUUAUCAACCACUGGGCAGUCAGAGGAGGGUGGAGCUUAUCAACCACUGGGCAGUCAGCAGAGGGUGGAGCUUAUCAACAACUGGGCAGUCAGCAGAGGGUGGAGCUUAUCAACAACUGGGCAGUCAGCAGAGGGUGGAGCUUUAUCAACCACUGGGCAGUCAGCAGAGGGUGGAGCUUAUCAACCACUGGGCAGUCAGCAGAGGGUGGAGCUUAUCAACCACUGGGCAGUCAGCAGAGGGUGGAGCUUAUCAACCACUGGGCAGUCAGAGGAGGGUGGAGCUUAUCAACCACUGGGCAGUCAGCAGAGGGUGGAGCUUAUCAACCACUGGGCAGUCAGAGGAGGGUGGAGCUUAUCAACCACUGGGCAGUCAGCUGAGGGUGGAGCUUAUCAACCACUGGGCAGUCAGAGGAGGGUGGAGCUUAUCAACCACUGGGCAGUCAGCAGAGGGUGGAGCUUAUCAACCACUGGGCAGUCAGCAGAGGGUGGAGCUUAUCAACCACUGGGCAGUCAGCAGAGGGUGGAGCUUAUCAACCACUGGGCAGUCAGCAGAGGGUGGAGCUUAUCAACCACUGGGCAGUCAGAGGAGGGUGGAGCUUAUCAACCACUGGGCAGUCAGCAGAGGGUGGAGCUUAUCAACCACUGGGCAGUCAGAGGAGGGUGGAGCUUAUCAACCACUGGGCAGUCAGAGGAGGGUGGAGCUUAUCAACCACUGGGCAGUCAGCAGAGGGUGGAGCUUAUCAACCACUGGGCAGUCAGCAGAGGGUGGAGCUUAUCAACCACUGGGCAGUCAGCAGAGGGUGGAGCUUAUCAACCACUGGGCAGUCAGAGGAGGGUGGAGCUUAUCAACCACUGGGCAGUCAGCAGAGGGUGGAGCUUAUCAACAACUGGGCAGUCAGCAGAGGGUGGAGCUUAUCAACAACUGGGCAGUCAGCAGAGGGUGGAGCUUAUCAACCACUGGGCAGUCAGCAGAGGGUGGAGCUUAUCAACCACUGGGCAGUCAGCAGAGGGUGGAGCUUAUCAACCACUGGGCAGUCAGCAGAGGGUGGAGCUUAUCAACCACUGGGCAGUCAGAGGAGGGUGGAGCUUAUCAACCACUGGGCAGUCAGCAGAGGGUGGAGCUUAUCAACCACUGGGCAGUCAGAGGAGGGUGGAGCUUAUCAACCACUGGGCAGUCAGCAGAGGGUGGAGCUUAUCAACCACUGGGCAGUCAGCAGAGGGUGGAGCUUAUCAACCACUGGGCAGUCAGCAGAGGGUGGAGCUUAUCAACCACUGGGCAGUCAGCAGAGGGUGGAGCUUAUCAACCACUGGGCAGUCAGAGGAGGGUGGAGCUUAUCAACCACUGGGCAGUCAGCAGAGGGUGGAGCUUAUCAACCACUGGGCAGUCAGCAGAGGGUGGAGCUUAUCAACCACUGGGCAGUCAGCAGAGGGUGGAGCUUAUCAACCACUGGGCAGUCAGCAGAGGGUGGAGCUUAUCAACCACUGGGCAGUCAGCAGAGGGUGGAGCUUAUCAACCACUGGGCAGUCAGCAGAGGGUGGAGCUUAUCAACCACUGGGCAGUCAGCAGAGGGUGGAGCUUAUCAACCACUGGGCAGUCAGCAGAGGGUGGAGGAGCUUAUCAACCACUGGGCAGUCAGCAGAGGGUGGAGCUUAUCAACCACUGGGCAGUCAGCAGAGGGUGGAGCUUAUCAACCACUGGGCAGUCAGUGCUGGACAUAUAUGGAACUAUAGACACACAACUAUAG